CCUUUCUUUUCCCGGCGGAGUUGGAACCGUCGCCUUCCUCAAAGAAUGGCCCGCUCUGAACACUCAGUGAUUGUCUCUCCUAAGACUUGACAUCAAUCCCGGCGGCAUCAUCAGUCUCCAUACACACAACUUGGCCACCGAGAUUCUGGAGAGAUGUAUACGGGCUUUGUCACCAACAACUUCGGCAACGACCCGAAGCCGACCAUAUCUAACAAGCUGUAUGCAAAGGUUGUCAAGAAGGGAGAAGCCUUCAUUUUUCCCAGAGUUCUGCUACACUUCCAGCUGAACAAGGGCAAGGUGCUUGCAUCGAGUCUGAACGUCCUGAACAGUCAGAAUCCUGGUAUUCAGCUCAUGCCUUCAGCUUUGUUCGGAAGUGGCCUCGACCGUGAAAUGCUGGAAAAGUCAUUCUUCAUGAAUGCGACUCAAUUUGCUGCGUUGGAAAACAUUUUCGAGGAGUGA